AUAGGACGGCUCUCGGUGAUCAGAAAACUUCACCAAAGUGUGAUUGGAUAAGAGUAUGGACGUCUUUCUGUUAGGGAGAAAUAUAUAUUUUGCUUCCGCUGAUAUCGACACAACGUACGGUUCAAAGUCCCGUUGCGUCCCAAGCAAUGGCAACCACCCCACAUCCAGCGCAAGAGAGAUCUGAGCUACCAGAUAGCGCUAUCGGAGUAAAGCCACAUCUGUACGGACGACCCUCUAACUUGCCUAAUUGUGGCUGGUCAGGAUGGCCGCGCGUGCCCAGUAUGUGCGUGGUCAACCCAAUGCACAUUGUUACCUUAACAGAGAGAAAAGAAUCCAGAAUCGUGAGAUAUGCUGAGAAAAUAAAGGCGGUAUCUGAGAAGUGGUUCACCCACGUGCUGCUGUUGUUCUUUCUCUUCGGAUACGCCGCCUUAGGGGCUGUCAUCUUUCAACUGAUCGAAGGUCCUGUGGAAACGCAAGGAAAAGUAGGCUUCGAAAAUAUCCGCAAACUAAUAAUUAAAGACCUUUGGGAUCUGUACGAGCGCCACGAUACUGAAGAAGACUGGCGAGAGCAGGCGUUCCGGCGAUUCAUGAAAUAUGAAGAACAGGUGUUACAAUCUGUUAACAGCAGCGUCAAAACGAAUCCAGACAGUAAACAGUGGACAUUCGUGGGGGCAAUGUUUUACUGCGGAACUAUCUUCACCACUAUAGGUUAUGGUAACAUUUACCCUAAAACAAACGCGGGAAGAGCUGCCACCAUCGUAUAUGCUUUCUUUGGAAUUCCCCUGAUGCUAAUGGUUCUUGCUGAUCUUGGAAAAUUUUUCACCAGAACCAUCAAACUCAUCUACAGCUACAUUCGACAGUUUUACCACACUGGAGAAUGUCGAAGAAUUCAGAGAAUUGCUCGUAAAGAUAAGAACCAUCCUACUCAGUAUAUGACGCUAAAGUUCAACUCCAACAACGAGGCCGUCCCAACUAAUCCUAGUUUGGAGUCCAGGUCGUUCGACGAAUCAGAGGACAACAGAAAUGGUAACGACUCUGCUAGGCAUAGAAAACCCGAUUCAUUCGAGGUUGAUGACGAGUUCAACUUGCCAAUAUCGCUCGGUUUGUUUUUUCUCGUGAUUUAUAUAAUGAUCGGAGCGUUUAUUUUCACACUGUGGGAAAACUGGAGCUUUUUUGAAGCAUUCUAUUUUGUUUUUAUUUCUAUGAGUACUAUAGGUUUUGGCGACUACGUUCCUGAACAUCCCAUCUACGUGAUGGCUACCUUCAUUUACCUUCUCUUUGGUCUAGCCCUUACGUCAAUGUGCAUUAAUGUUGUCCAGGAAAAACUUUCGGCUACUUUCGAAAAGGCCAAAGUCAGACUUGGAACCACAAUGGGACUGGAUGUGAACAGUCUUCUCCAGAGCAACUUAGCUCCAGAAGUGGCCAAAAUGGAAUUAGCAGAAGUACACGGUAGACGUAGUUCGAAGGAACAUUUGUUUAGGGAAGAUAUAAACAAGCAAGGCAAAAGCUUAGAAGCAAGAGAUCUUUAAUGUAUGAUUGUUUAGGCUAGCGUUUAGGGUUACAUGCUGCAUAUUCUCAAAGAAAAAAAAAACUUGGAAAGUGAGAUGUGGGUAAAAGAAAUCUGGAUAAAGUAGGUUUUCUCUGCCCUAUUUGUAUAUGAUUUUACUAAGUGAUACAUAGACCAGUAUUACACUGAUUGAUCCAAAGAACGAUUUACGAGUAUCCAUUUCUUUUUUUUAACUCAAAGAAUUUGAGACAGUUAUUCUUUCUAGAAUCUUUAACAGCUACAUACGCUCGAGAAUGUCAAAAAAAGAAGAAAAAAUACAUAUACCUUAUUUGCCCGAA